AUGCCCAAAACCGCUAGUGUCGAGAUCGACACGCCUGCUAACAAGGGCGAAACCAAGAUCAGGCGCUCCUACAGGGCCCCUGAUCGCAUGCUCGAACGUCCUGCUGAUGGCAUCAACACAAUGGCCGACGUCUUCAUCAAGGCCAAGGAACGUUUCCCCAACAAGCCCAUCAUGGGAUGGCGAGACGUAGUCCGAAUGCACGACGAGCAGAAGGAGAUCACAAAGACGGUCGACGGCAAAGAGGUCAAGGAAACCAAGACCUGGCAGUACUACGAGCUCUCCGACUACAAGUAUAUUACUUACAACGAGUUUGAAGAGCGCAUUCAGUACGCUUCGAGCGGUCUCGUCAACCUCGGUCUCUCCAAACAGACUCGUUUCAACAUUUAUGCUGCUACCGCCAUCAACUGGCAGAACAUGGCUCAUGCCUGCUUCCGUCAGUCCAUCCCCUUCUGUACCGCCUACGAGACCCUCGGCGAAGAAGGUCUCCAGCACUCGCUCAACGAACCCGAAGUCGUCGGUGUGUUUACCAAUGCAGAGCUUCUCCCCACGCUCGCCAACGUCAUCGACAAGACCGAAACCGUCAAGUAUGUCAUCUACGACGGCAAGCCCGACGACAAGCACCUCACCAAGGUGCUCGAUGUCGUAUCCGCCCGUCAGGGCAAGCUACUCACCAUCGAAGAACUCUGGCAGCAGGGCAAGGCCAGUCCUGCCGACAGUCACCUCCCCACUCGAGAUGACGUUGCCUGCAUCAUGUACACUUCUGGCUCCACGGGUGCUCCCAAAGGCGUUAUUCUUACCCACGGCAACCUCGUCGCCUCGAUCGCUGCCGUAGAGGUUCACAUUGGCGAUCUUCUCAAGCCCGACGACACCUUUCUCGCUUACUUGCCGCUCGCCCACAUCCUCGAGUUUAUCGUCGAAUGCGCUUUCAUUCACGUUGGUGUCACCAUGGGCUACGGAAAGGUCAAGACGCUCACCCAGCAAUCGGUGCGCAACUGCGACGGUGACAUCAAGGCGUUCCGUCCGAGCAUCAUGAUUGGUGUCCCCGCCGUUUGGGAGCUCAUUCGAAAGGGCAUCCUUUCCAAGGUCAACGCAGGUGGAUCCGUCAAGAAGUCCGUCUUCAACGGUGCCAUGACCAUCAAGAAGAACAAGUUGCCCCUCCUCUCCUCGGUCGUCGAUUCGGCCGUCUUCAAGCAGGUCAGAGAGCAAACCGGCGGACGUCUGCGUAUCGCACUUUCGGGCGGUGCCGCUCUGUCCAAGGAAACCCAGGAGUUCCUCAACAAUGCCCUUGUGACGCUCUUGCAGGGCUACGGCCUCACCGAAUCGUGCGGUAUGACCGCCAUCCUCCACCCCGACUUCUACUCGUACGGCCCCUCUGGUGGCAUUGUACCUGCGAUCGAGGCCAAACUUCGCGACGUUCCGGAUGCCGGUUACUUUUCCACCAACAAUCCUCCUCAGGGCGAGGUGCUGAUUCGCGGUCCCUCGAUCACCAAUGGCUACUUUAAGCGCGAGGACGUCAACAAGGAGUCGUUUGAGGAUGGUUGGUUCCUCACCGGCGAUGUGGGUCAAUGGAAUGCAGACGGCACACUUUCCAUCAUCGAUCGUAAGAAGAACCUCGUCAAGCUCUCAGGUGGUGAAUACAUUGCCAUCGAGCGUCUAGAGAGCACAUACAAGUCGUCCAACCUGGUCUCCAACAUCUGUGUCCACGCUAACAGCGACGCCAAGCAGCCCAUGGGUAUCAUUUUCCCACGCGAAGACAACCUCAUGGCGGCAGUGCAAAAGGCUGGUAUCAAGGGCGAUGACCUGGAGCAGCUUUGCAAGAACAGGGAGGUCGCCAAGAUUGUCAAGGAUGACGUCAACGCCGCCGGAAAGAAGGUGGGAUUCAAGAACCUCGAGAUGCUCCAGACUGUGCUACUUGUUCACGAAGAGUUGGCCAUGACGGCAGCGCAAAAGUUGUCCAGGAAAGAUAUCAUCAAGAAGUACGAGGCUGAUAUCAAGAAGGUCUACAUGUGA